AUGAACAUCGAAGCAUAUUUUGAAAGAAUUGGUUAUAAGCACUCGAGGGACAAAUUGGACUUGGAAACAUUAACCGACAUUCUUCAGCACCAGAUCCGAGCCAUUCCCUUUGAGAACCUUAACAUCCACUGUGGGGGCGCCAUGGAAUUGGACUUAGAGGCCAUUUUUGAUCAAAUUGUGAGGAGGAACCGGGGUGGGUGGUGUCUCCAAGUCAACCACCUCCUGUACUGGGCUCUGACCACGAUGGGUUUUGAGACCACCAUAUUGGGAGGGUAUGUUUUCAACACGUUCACUGACAAAUACAGCAAUGCCAUGAUUCACCUCCUGCUCAAGGUGACCAUCGACGGCCGGGACUACAUAGCCGAUGCUGGAUUUGGACGUUCUUAUCAGAUGUGGCAGCCACUGGAGUUAAUCUCCGGGAAGUACCAGCCCCAGACACCUUGCAUCUUCCGCUUGACCGAAGACAGAGGAACUUGGUACCUGGACCAAAUCAGAAGAGAGCAAUACAUCCCAAACCAAGAAUUUCAGGAUUCCGACCUCUUGGAAAAGAAUGAGCAUCGGAAAAUCUACUCGUUUACUCUUGAACCUCGAACAAUUAAAGACUUCGAGUCUGUGAACACAUACCUUCAAGAAUCUCCAGCAUCUGUGUUUACAAGCAAGUCAUUUUGCUCCUUGCAGACCCCAGAAGGUGUUCACUGCUUAGUGGGUUUUACCCUCACCUACAGGAGAUUCAAUUAUAAGGACAAUACAGAUUUGGUAGAGUUUAAGACACUGAAUGAGAAAGAAAUAGAAGAAAAUCUAAAAAACAUAUUUAAUAUUUCCUUGGAGAAAAAGCUUGUCCCCAAACAUGGUGAUAAAUUUUUUACCAUUUAG